UCUUCGGAAUUGGGGAAACGUAAUUGAAAUGCCAUGGAAAUAAAGAAAUUCGAUCUCGGAAAUGCGGCCAAUUAUUGCUCACUGAGACUUUAAAGAAAGAAAAGUUAUUAAUCAUUUAUUUGGAGUUUAUAAAAAAAUAUCCGGUUACUUUAAAAGUAAUCCAUGGAGAUUGUAAAUUAUUAAGCAUAGCCUUACAACACCCAUUUUUAUAUAUUUUGUUUAAUGUUUGUUUCAAAUUAAAUAGGUUAUUUUCCCAUUUCAACGGAUUGAUACACAUUAUUGUUCCAAGUUGAACCCAAAGUACCCUUUGUCAGUGUAUAAAUAUGAGAGCACUGUAAAAUGUAAAUGGAUGAGCUGUCUGAAGUUCAUUAGAUGUUCUAAGCACGAUUGGCGCUAUAGAUCACCCAGAGGGAGAAAGGUCUCGAGAAACGAAAACAGAAAUGAUACUGGAAGAGAGAGUGUUCAAGAUAGAGCUACAUAUUUCCCAUUCUACAAUUAAGAAGGCCGCGACAAAUUAUGUUUAAUGCGAAAGCAUUUAGCUAAAUUGAACCAGAGAGAAACCAAGAAUUUUCAGCUGGUUUUGGCCACGAGGUGUUAGGUGUCAGCUCGUCUGGUUCUGUUAGUACCAGUCCAAAUCGAUGACAGACUAAACGAGCCGAGUUGACAUUGAAGCGAAAGCAGCUCAAGAAUCAGGCCGUACACAGAAAAAAUAUCUAGCUUAAUCUAAAUUUUAUUUAAGAAAUGUAUAACACCUUGUCAACACUUAUAAAUAUGAAGAACAAGUUCUUAUACCAAGAAAAAAGUAGAAAAACAGUAAAAAUGGUAACUUGUGUAUUCAAUUUUUUUAUGAAUAUGACUUAUUAUUUUUCCCUAUAUUUAUGAAAUGUUUUAUCCAUUGUUGUUCUCGAAAUAUUAAACAAGUUUGCGGAAUAGAUGCACACAUCGACACCGGUAUUAAAAUGUUCUCCGGUUUCAAAUUUCAGUUAUAGAGUAACUGGGUUCUCAGUGUAUAUUGCCGUAUUCCUCGCUUGGCCAACGUGUGUCUGGAAUGACUAAUUGAAUAGAGCAUGGGCUCGUAUAUCUCGCAGAUACGUAUCCGCCAGAUACGUUAGGGAAGGCGUGUGCCCGGCCUAAUGGCUAGGCUCAGCAGCAUGUUGCAAUUGGUGCUCUUCGCUUGUCAAUCUGGCCCUGGCAACAUUCGCUGCCAAAAGCUGGCAACAUUUAACGGCGAAGAGAACGAUGAUUUGGCGGCGAAAAAAAAGAAACAUUUUUUCCUCGUCUAGAUCGAAUUUGCCGCUCGCCGGUUGCAACGACGAUAUAAUCGCAAUCGCAGCUCGCAACAUGUUGGCUUCAAACCGGUCUGGCCAUGAACUUGGUGAAAGAAGCUACCAUGGCGAAGCUCCAGAUGGGAGAAAAGUCUGCGCUGCGUUUUCCGCUUGGAAAUUUUUAAAAGACGCUGCCGUCCAACGGCCUGGAACAUUUGUAAUCCGACGUUAGAAGUCAGCGGAUCGUGGCCAAAACGCAGAGUGUCAAGCCAGUUGGUAGAAGUUGGUAGAACUGCGACUCUGACUCCUCCUGACUCUGGACUUCGCGUGUGUGUCUUUCUGUGUGUCCGAAGAUUUGGAGUUACUGUUAGUUGACACUAAUACGAGAGCGAGUGAAAUACGAGAAAUACAAGAAAAACCGAACGUGAAUCGCGAGUGCAAAAAGUAACAAAAAUAGAAAGAAGAAAACGCCAAAAAAUAAAGUACGAAAAAUCGCUAUAAGAAAUCCUCAGUACAAGCCAACACAAAACCGGAAGAAAACGAAACUCAGCAAUCUUGGUCAAAAUGGUGCGGUUAAAUGCAGCCUGGAGCUGCGGUUUUUUGGCCCUGAUUGCGUUGGUAUCCACUGUCGCCUCCUCCACUGCGGAUUACCCGGGUGUCAUCGAACUGGUGGGCUACAGCAACCGCCGCGCACGGACCUACUUCCAGGAGCAGCCCCGCUCCAAUCCCAAUCCCAAGCCCGGCUUAACUUCAGCCAAAACCCGGGCGGAUAUUGAAACCGUAAAGAGGAAUAUCCGUAAAUACGAUCGGUUGCUAGAGUUGGAUACGAAGAAUCUGCCCGAGCAGCAGAAGGAUAUGCUGGCCAGGAUUGUGGAGCGGGUGGCCAGGCUCAAGGAAUCCCUGGACAUUGAGGAGCAGCAGUUCAACCAGCAGGAAUCUACCUCCGCCAAGAGCAGUAGUAGUACCACCACUAGCACCGCCAGUACCCAAGAAUCGCAAACAGAAGCGGACACGGAGCGGGAUCAGGAGACGCUCGAGCAGAGCACACAGGUGCCCACUGGAGCCACCGAAGCUGAAACGGAUCCCACCCUAAUCCUAGACGAAACCACGCUGCUGGAGCUGCAGAAUACGAUGAACGAGCAGGCUGCCAUGAGCACUAUAAUGAAGGAAAUGCCUACGACCACGGAUGUGAGUCAGCAGGAAGCGGAGUCGGAGGCCACCGAUGAGGAGGGCGAGACCACCUCCCCCAAUCUGACCACCCAAUCCGAGGCAGCGACCACCAGUGAUGAAUCCCUCACCGAUUCCACUGAUCCCGAUGACCAAUUCGUAGCUGCCAGAUCGAACAACAACAUAGCGGCCAUAACGGCAGCGGACGAUGCCGAUGGCACCACCACAACCACCGCGAAUACGGGCAGUCAGCAGCGCACGUUGACCACCAUGGGAAAGCUGAAGAAUCGGGCCACCAAGCGACCCUUCGCCCACAAGGUCACCGCCGCCCUGAAACGAGGAGGUCAGCGUCCGAGUAGCGUGAGUGCAGCAGCUGCCAAUGCGGCAGCGGCCUCAAAACCCAGUAGCAGCACCACUGCCGCCGCCAGCAGCACCACUCAAAAGCAGAAAUUGGCCACCAACAGUUUCCAGCAGAAGCAGCAGCAAGCGAAGCCCCUGCAAAAGGUGACACCCUCGAUCGGAGGCGGUGGCUCAUCCAAUCCGUCCUCAGCAUCUAUUCCCUCGGCCACCACGAAUUCUGCAUCUCCUGCCCUGCCCAUCGAGCAAUUGUACACCCGUACUCCGCAGGCCAAUAUCCCAUUGGCAGCAGCGGCAGCAGCAGCAGCAGCUUCCUCAUCGUCGGCGGCGGCAGCAGGAUCAGCAGGAUCGGGAGCCACGCCAUCCACCUACAGCAGCCAGCAUGAUAGCAUGGUCUACGAUGCACAUGUCAAUGCCUCGGCCUUGAUCGACAGUCUCAACACAAACGCUCGGGAGGAAUAUUACCAGCAGAAACUAGGAGCAGGAGUCAACAAGGAUAACAAGAAAACGGCGACAGCGAAACCGACGAAAUAUCAUUAUUAUCCGCACAAUCAGCACAUCUAUCUGCUGCCCGAGUGUGCCAUUCAGCAAGUUUGUAACGCCGUCUACGUGAGAUUGAACUACACCCAACCACUGUGCGCCUGUCCAUCAAGAUAUCGUGAUCCCUGCUCGGCCAGUCUGAAUGAAGAUGAUCAGCAUACCACAAAAUUGGUUGGCGAUACUAAGAAGAAGGCCAUCACGUUGGCCAAAACCUGCGAGGCCACCACCGAGAUGCGCGAGUGCCGCUCACCCAAGGACUGGUCCCUUCUGGCGCUCCAAAACACACGAACCGGCAAGUCGCACUACUUGGUCAUCUGCCGCUGUCCCGACCACUUCAAAAUGGAGGGACCCAUGGCCCAUGACCAGCCCACCUAUGCCAGCGUGCCCGGAAUCCGAGUAUUCGGCAUGAUGUGUGUAAAGCCGGGAUACUCGGUGCGCAAGCCCAGCAACCAGCCACCCAAAAGGUAUCAACUCCAGAAGCCGUUCUAUCGUCCGUCUGUGGGAACCACCGUGGGCGGCCAGAAGGAUAGCUACGGCAGACCCAUCUACGGUGGAGGCAGCUCCUCGGGCAGCUCGGCCAUCAGCUCCAACUACCAGCCGCAGGAUUCGAGCUUCCAGAACGGAGGAAGCAGUUCGUAUCAGUAUCUCAACCGACCUGAAAGCGGCGGCAGCCACAGCUCCGCCAACUUCCGUCCGGAUCAGUUCUCGAUCAACAACUUCCCGAGCAGCAACUACGGACGCAACAACGAGCGGCGCGGCGAUCUGCCGCCCAUCGAGGCCAUUUCGAGUGGAUCGGGCACCGGAGCCGAGGAGCAGCCGAGCAGCAGUACUCCAGCGGCAGAGGAGGAGGCCAGAACCACUCUGCAGGCAGAAGAGGAGACGGAUCCGGCGGCCGCAGCAGUUCCAGUGGCAGCGGAACUGACCACCACGGCGGAGGAGGCUGGACUCGGUAGCCGGACCAGGCGAUCCCUACCCGAUACGGAUGACUAUGAGCCGGAGUUCCCGUGGGAUCGCGUGCUCGAGUUCCAGCAGAGCAUCAUUUGGGACUAAGUUCCGGAAAUACCAAGCAACCAAUCCUAGUAGAUACAAUUUCAAUAGCACAAGGCGACAUUUCCGGCGACUAUAAAAGUGUGCAAAAAUCAACUGUGACUGAAGUACGAGAUGAGAAACACGGAAGUAAAUGGCUUCGAUAAGCGUAAAGUUAGCGUCACGUAACGUCUAGCGCAACGUAACGUAACGUAAUUAGCUAAGCUUUUCAUAAUUUAAAAAGAUGUUUUUAGGCAUUUCACUUGGCAUUUCACUUCUUCCCAGCGUACCACCAUCCCUCUUAAUUUAUAUAUUUAUACAUGUAUUUAUUUACAAAACAAUUUACGAAUUAAUUAAACAAUUACAAGUGCCCGGGCACGAUCGCACUAAUUGUUUAAUUAAUUUGUUUUGCAUUUAAGCGUAAACAAGGCCUCAACUUUUUAAAAUAAUAUUUAAAGAUUUAAACGAAUAGUUUAGGUGCAAAACUGGAAACUAUUUAAAAAGGAAACAUAUGAACAAAAUGAUAAUUAAAUACAAAACCAACACCGAAAUUAUUUAACCUAAAUUUAGUUGCUUAUUUAUGUUUAGACCUAAGCUGCAUUUACUAGUAGUUAAAUAAAAUACUAUUUAAAAACAUGUCUUAUUCCUCAAAA